AUGACGACUGUCAUUUCUAGACACACGUCCACCAUUUCUCUAGUUUCGCAGAAUUCGGUACAACUGGAGGCUGGGUUAUUAGUUCAGUGCCUUAAUCGCUACAAGGAAUAUCUUGAGUGCGGUUGUGAGAAGGUUUUGAACUCCAAAUUUUCGAAAAAGGGAAUAGGUUCAAAUGUUUUGAACAAUCCAAAUCCGUCAUUCGGCGAUGAUACCGCUGAUACAGCAUCGUCAAGCAUUUCAGGCGGUACCGGUUUUGAAAAUAUCACAUCUUCAGUUGUUCGAAGACUGGAUGCUGGAGCACGCGAGAGUUUAGGUCAGCACUUAAUUCAGUUGUUGGCCACAAUUGUCUUACCCGAUCCUCCUCAAUCUAUAAGCGAAGUAGAUACUCGUUUAGUGGAUGGUUUGCCAGGCAUUCCGGAUAAGUUAAUGCCAUCCGAUAGUAAUAUGGAAAGUUACCGCAAUUUAGCUGAAAAAGGACGCAAAAAAAUGUUGAAUUUACCAUUUGAUAAAAUAUUUACUGCCCUAAAAGAAUUCAGUGGACGUUUUAACUUUAAUGUAUGCAUUUAUAUCGUUGCUAUAGCUGAACAUGUGAUCGGAAAUUUUUUGCAGGCCGCUAUUUGCUACGAAGAUAAAGCUCUGACUGAAAAUGUUAUUCGUGCAUCAACUGUCGAGAAAUUGUUUAUCUUGUAUCGAGAUCGUGUUAAACCGCGUCGUAAAAUGUUUGAACAUCGUUUAGCAACAGCUAAUCUUUUUCCUCAAGAUUAUGAUAAGUGUGUUGAUGAAUUAUGUAGUUUUCUGCAUACGUGUUUAGAACAAAUGAAUUUAUUGAUACGUGUAUUUCGUGAAACCGAUAUUAUCAGUGAAUCCAUCGUCAUCAACAACAGGAACAUCUUAUGA